AAGAAAACCGUGGAUGAUGAUGUUCUCGGGGGGGACGUUGCCGACGGUUGGAGAGUUGAGGCAAUCUUCACCAUGGCGGCGAUGUCGUGUCCGAGGCGGCUCGUCGCCGCGCUCGUGAUGGCCAUGCUGCAAUGCGUGCUGUCCGAAAAUUGCUGCGCCAAGUGUCUGAACAACGUGCCCAACUUUCUGUACAACCCGAUGGAAUUCACACAAUGCGUAGCGCACAACUACUGCUGCUUCCACUGCGCCGACAAAGACAUUGGGUCCCCGACCGUGCUGCCCAUGGCAGGGACCGUGUUCAAUGGAACGACAACGACUGCCACAACUGGGUCGUUCUUGCAGAUUCGGUGGGAAUUGGCUAACCUGGUCACGUACGUGACGUUUGCGCCGAAUCAAGCGAAAAGCGGCAUUCCCGUGCUGUCUUCGACGCAAGCCGUCAAGCGAGAUGGCAACGUCUUUGCGAUUUGCCCACAGUACCCAGGCACGCUGUACUUUCGCGGAUUUGGAUCAGACACGUGCAAUUCUGUGUCGAUCGAGUACCCCAUCACGGUCGUGAGUGGUGUUGACGGAUCUUCGUGCACUGGGGUUAGCCCCACGCCUCUUUCUCCGAGUACGACCACGUCAGGCCCCGGAACGUUGUCCAGCGCGGUCGUCGUCUGCAACUUGGCGCGUGGCAGUGUCAUCGAUGGUGUAUGCGUCUGUGCGUCGGAUUGGAUUGGACCCCCCGAGUGUGUUGGCACGCCUAUCUGGAAGUGGCUCGUGACAAUUGGCGGCGGUGUGGCUGCAUUGUGCUCAAUCUCGGUAUCUAUUCGCGCUUUCGUAAUAAGUCGCAAGGCGAAGAAAAAGCAGUGUGAGGCAGCGUCAAGAGUGGGCGACGACACGUCACCCAAGAAGGCUGCCGCCGUAGUUGUUGAGAUGGAGACCAUGCGCAUGGAAACCCCCGACAGACGCGAGUCGUGCCAGCCCCCCGAUAUCCCAUAUGUCAAGAGCGAGAGCAUUGACCACGCUUCGUCUUCCACCCCACCACCAACGUCCAAGGAGUACACCAUCUAAUACACAAGAUGGCGGGUUCAAUCUGCGCGACCUCGUCCGCGUGUACCAGGCACACUUUGUGCGAACGAGAGACCGCAGUUACACCCUUCUGCACCUACUACUAUUAGUAGGGUUUGUGGUACUUACUACUCACUGUAGUGUCCAAUCCCUGAAGAAUAUACUAAUAGUAUGUACUUAAUAGAGUCAUG